UGAUCCAAAUCAGAUAUUUUGAAAAUGAGUAGUUCUUCUGUGAUAAAGGACACAUAACCUUUUUACAACCUUUAAUUACAUCUCAGCCAAUAGCAGUGAAUGUAAUAGGUCAAGAAAAUUGGUUUGGUCUUCAAAGCAAUGUUUUCUGUCCAGUCCUGUCUCAGUACCUGCAGUCCUCCCCCGUGGAAUCCAGUGCAUUUGGAGGAGAACUCCUUUCGUUGUAUGCCUUGCCUGUUAGCUGGGCAGCUAUGGGAGUGAAGGGAGAAGAAAUAAUGCAUCUGAAAUUACAUGGAAAUUCCAGUAUAGCUGACAGUAUCCCUGCAAAUGAGUAAGACAUAACAAAUCCUACUAGGUUGUGGGGCAGGAAAAACGUAUUUAAGCUUUUCCAAGAAACGUGAACUGGACACCCUGAUCAAAGUACACAAUCAUAUGAUUGGUACAAGCUGAUCAUGGGGAUCCAGGCACAAAUACAGAAAACAAGGAAGGGAGAGAUGUAGUUAAUAAGUAAUUCCUGGCCAUAAUGCAGGUUUGAACAAACAAUACAGUCUCCCAAUAAUAAAGACAGUAUCUCAGCUUAAACACUCUCCAGCACAAGUAUAUUAUUCCUUCCUCUCACCGAGAAGAAAAUGAAAAACAAGACAAACUUUCCUUCACAAGAAGGAGAAGCACGCCCUUCCAGAUGUCCAGAUAACAGUGCAUUCAAACAGCAGAGGCUGCCAGCUUGGAAGCCCCAACUUAAUAUUGCGACUGUGCUCUCCAGCUUCUUCCUCACAGGCGCGUUCUGCCUUACUGUGGGAGUCUGCCUCGUACUGUCUGCAAACAGCGUCAGAGAAGUCCAGAUAGAUUAUUCAGAUAAAUGCUCAGAUUGUUCAAAAUUCCGUGAAAAUUCCUCUAACUGGAAUAAGAAAUGCCAUUGUUCUGUUAAUUUCACGCUAAAGGAAGAUAUAUUGGGUGAUGUUUUUAUGUACUAUGGUCUGCAAAACUUCUAUCAAAACCAUCGUCGAUACGUGAUCUCCAGAAGCGACGCACAACUCUUGGGUCGAAAUGUAAACAUUCAGAGGAGCUACUGUGCGCCCUUCGCCACCUACCGAAAUGGGACCCCCAUGGCGCCGUGCGGGGCUAUUGCCAACAGCAUGUUCAAUGAUACUAUUGAUCUUUUUUACAACCGUAACUCAUCUGUGAUUCAAGUGCCACUGCUGAGGACUGGGAACAGUUGGUGGACAGAUAAAAAUGUGAAAUUUCGCAAUCCUGAAUCAUACAAUCUCUCUUCUGCAUUUGCAGGGACAGCAAGACCUCCUUACUGGCAGAAGCCAGUGUAUCUGUUAGAUGAGGAAGAUGAAAGGAACACCGGUUAUGUCAAUGAUGACUUCAUCAUCUGGAUGCGAGUGUCAGCCUUUGCCACGUUCAGAAAUCUUUACCGCCGUGUCAAACGGAUCAGGCACUUUGCGGAUGGGCUGCCAGCAGGGAAUUACACGUUCCGUAUUUCCUACAAUUUCCCUGUUUCCAAAUUCAAGGGGAGGAAGCAUGUGAUUCUCUCAACUGUGGUGUGGAGUGGAGGGAGUAACCCCUUCCUGGGAAUUGCCUAUGUGGUUUCUGGCACAGCAGCAACCCUGGCAGGUUUUGUCAUAACUGCCAUCCACUUGAAGCUGAGAAAAAAGAAAACAUACUUUCAGAGGCAAUAAGGUUCCCUGGCUUUCUGAACAAAAGCAAAGGUGUGCUGUGAAUGGAGAACGGGCAGCACAGACCUUUCACUCUUUCCCCUGAGCUCUGGGCCUGUUUCAGUAUCAGGUUUGACGAAUGUGAGCAAACUGAGGAGCAGUGCUCUUCCAUCAUCUCAAACCAAACUCACCUGAGGCAGGAUUCUCACUAAUGUAUGUGUGCUCCUAAAUUUGUUUCCUAGGAGACUUGUAGUGAGAUGAGCUUCAAACAACAGGUAGCAUAGUCAAUUAGAAUUGCAAUGGCAAAGAAAUAUGGUACUAAUGUGUGGCCAGGAGAAAGGGUCC